UCUGUGUCGUAGGUCGGAACCUUUUAGAGGUUGGACGCGUUUCCGGAAGUUGUCAGCCGUGAGCACCGCAUCCACUGAAAUGAGUUUUGAGUGGCCCUGGCAGUAUAAUUUCCCACCGUUUUUUACGCUACAGCCCAAUGUUGACACGAGACAGAAGCAGCUGGCGGCGUGGUGCUCCCUGGCUCUGUCGUACUGCCGGCACCACAAGCUCUACACCCUGGACGUCAUGGAGGCUCAGGAAAGCCCCGUGUUCAACAACAAGAAGAUAGAACGAAAAUUGUCCAUGGAAGCAAUUCAAGUUGUUUUUGAGGAGCUAAGGAAAAAAGGCAACCUUGAAUGGUUGGACAAAAACAAGUCUCGGUGUUUAGUCAUGUGGAGGCGACCGGAGGAAUGGGGAAAGUUAAUAUACCAGUGGGUUUCCAAAAACGGGAUGGUCAACUCUGUGUUUACACUUUACGAGCUGUCCAACGGUGACGACACGGAAGGUGAAGAGUUUCACGGUUUAGAAGAGUGGAUGCUGCUGCGCUCGCUGCAGGCUUUACAAACAGAAGGCAAAGGAGAGAUCAUCACCAUGGACGACGGAAAGGGCGUCAAAUUCUUCUGAAAAAAACGGUGCUGGAACCACGCACGCACUCUUGUCUGGGAGCCGUCAUACUGUACCUGAACGGGUGGGGGAGGGGGAUUAUUAAGAUUUAGCCUCUGAAGGCGACACAAGGUGAACCUGGAUACCCAGCCCAGAGGAUGCUGGUCCUGCUGUUGUUGUUGCCUUUUGGUUUGCCUGAGUUCAAAACCUUUUUCAUUGGAAAAGAAGGUUUAUCAUUUGUGUGUUUGGGUGGGGGGGGGGAGAAAAAAGCAUUUUAUGUGACAGCGUGUUCAAAGCUGUCGCUCUUUGAGGUAACAUUUGUUGCCAUUUAAACAUGCAAUGAGUCUUAUCAGGGGAGUGAUCAUUAUCAUGUCUGAUUCUUUUAGGGGAAACCUCUCCCCAGCAGCUGUAACUCUUUCUUUUCUCGACUGUAAAUACGACUUCUUUUUUUCUCCUUUUAACAAGUUCCCUCAGUAUGAUUAGCUCUGGACCUUAAGCGUGGCUCCUCUGCUCCAAACAAAAAACAUCCCAAAGAAAUGCCAGAAUGCAACACCAGGGGGACUUUUU